AUGAAAGUGGCAUCGCCAAUCCUUGCGCUGUAUGUACUUUGUAUUCUGCGAACGUGUAAAUGUGGAGAUGACAAGGAUGCGGAAAGUAAAACUUGCGAUCAUCACGGAGAAGAAGAAUGUACAGAGCAAGACAUUUACCCUGGUAUUAACGUGCCUUCUGAGCCCAAACACUUUGUAACUUUGGACAUCUCAGACAUGGAUCCGCAAGUAUGUAGAGUAAUCGACACGUACAUGGGCAGAGUCAGCGUGAGGGUCUACAUCAUUCACCCCAAGUUUCUCGUUAAAAAAGUCAUGGAUAGGAAUACUGAGGUCUGGGAAGGUAUAGCAGAGGACCACUGUGUUUACAUGGUCACAUUCCUAAAGUCGAGUAAGCCAAAGAUUGUACUCCUCAGAGUAAAGGAGACCAUGGGAUCAUAUCAAGUCUUCCGCAAGUUCAAGAGUGGGAAUGGAUGUUACUCUAGUUCAGGAGGCUGGUACCCGUCCGUAAAAAGCUCCAGCAAGAAAAUCGAGAGACUGAGCAUCUUCCCCUGCAAGACCCGCAAGUUCGCUCUGGACAUUUCCCUAGACGAAGGUAAUGACAAGUACAGAGUCAUAAAACCUGAAUAUGAUACUAUCGCAGUACGGUAUUACGUCCCUAAAAGUGGGUACGCUAUAGGGAGAAUUAAAGAAGGGAACCAAGUUAUUGGUCAGCUUAAAGAUGAUUUCACAUGCUAUCUAUGCGAAUUCUUCUCGCUCGAAAACUAUGCACUCCUUAGAGUGCAUACAGAAAGGAACUACCGGUCGUGGCUUUGCUGGUACGAGCGAGUUGAUGGACAGUGGAGAGAUGUCGAGGAAGAGAGUUUUAUAGAAGAUCUCCAUCGCAUAAGACUAUCCGCGCGCUUGUCCAAAUAUUCCGGAGCUGAAUGCAAAUCUACACCCACUUCACCUCACUAG